CAUUUACUUAGUGUAAAAGCAACCCUGCGUCUGUCAGACAACCGGAAACUCGAGAAAAAUACUUCUUUCCUUUUCCCUAUUGGUAGGGUAAAUACAUGUUGGACCUUUGAUUUUUAUAAAAAAGACCAAUAUGCCACGUGAAAUCAAAGAAGUGAAAGACUUCCUGAACAAGGCCCGUCGCUCCGAUGCGCGUGCUGUGAAAAUAAAGAAGAAUCCAUCGAACACCAAGUUCAAGAUUCGUUGCUCCCGCUUCCUUUAUACGCUUGUCGUGCAGGAUAAGGAGAAGGCUGACAAAAUCAAGCAGUCACUCCCACCAGGUCUGCAAGUGAAGGAAGUCAAGUAAAUCAGCACUUUAUAAAGAAACAUAUGCGUCAAACUUGUAUUUCAAUGUACACGGUUCUUUGAUCAUUCUUCAUGGAAUAAAACAUGCAAAAGUAUCGGUUUAAAACAUAA